GAUGUCGGGCACCGGGGACCGGAGCGGAUCCACGGGCUUCGUGUUCCGAUUCCUGCCCCAGAAAGUUUUCCCCUGCCUGGAGAACAGGGACAUCCGCGACCGACUCCUCAAAUGGUCCAUGCACGGCAGGAUCAUGGCACAAGCAUUCAGUUUCGACCAGAAGUUUAAGCCCUAUGAAAAGGAUGAAUUUGUUAUGGCAUUUUUUAAUGAUCAAAAUGUGAACUCCACUUUAAAGUUACUGUCAUCUUCAGGACAAUGGACUACAUUGGAUUCCAAAGUGACAAAAAUCGAGGCCACAGUGGUGCCCUGUACACAGAUUUCCAUGUCAUUUUUUGAUCGGCUGUACUCUGAAGGAGUUGUUAGAGAAAACGGAGAUAUUGUGAAAUGUUAUGAUGACUAUUACAAUGAUAUUCUCAUCUCUGAUGAAUUAAGGAAGGUCUUGCUUCUGGAAGAUUCAGAACAUUAUGACUUAUUCAGUGAAAUGGAUCGGAAGGAAUUUCUAUUCUGUCUUUUUAAGCAUCUUUGCAUUGGAGGAACUCUUUGCCAGUUUGAAGAUGUAAUUGAACCAUACUUAGAAACUACAAAAGCUUUCUAUAAAGACUUGGUGAGUGUUCAAAAGGAUCCUGAAACAAAAGAAAUACGCAUUAUUUCUACAGUCUUCAGAGUCUCUGCAUAUGACGAAAAUGGCCUAUGUUACCCUUCAAGCAAAAGCCACGAACAGACUUUUGCCUACUUGAUUGUGGAUCCCUGCAAGAAACACGUGCAUAGCCUCUAUCACUCUUUCGGUAAAGGCUUAUUUGAUAACUAGGUCCGAGCCUGGCCGCUCCACAGCUGUAAUGGAGGUGGCCUUCUCUCUGCACGAAUUUCGGUAGGAAUUGCCUGGCUUUCUUACCAGGGUGGUGCACGCCUUAAUUACACGUCCAGAACGGCUCCACGUUCACACAGAUGUUACUGUGUGACAGUUCUGUGCAACUUUUCUGUGUUCAAAAUGGACACUUCUUGAAGCUA